GGUCCGUCUGCUGUGAAAUGAAAUUGGAAAAUGAGAGCAGCGAAAGGAGUAACCGAGGAGAUAAAAUUGAAAAUAAUGCACAUUGACAUCAAAUAUGCGACAGUACCGCAGUUGUAUUAGCGACGGUUCGUUAUGACAGACGUUGCACGGUGUUCUGUCUUGCUCCGUUUUUGUUAGCUAUAUGGACGUUGAACUAGCUGGCUUAGCCACCUCCCUGUCACGAGCAACGCCGGGGUGUAUUCUUCGUUUAGACUUCGGUUCAUCACCGUACUGCAGUAUGUUACAGUGGCCGAAAGGAGGGCCAGGGCUCGGUUAUAGCAUUUGAGAUUCACCGCUGUACAAGAGCAUCAGUUCACACCAUUUGUCAACAAUGCACAACUCGUUGCAAGCUAUAAUUAUUGCCAUCUUUUAUGCAAGUUAGCCAGUCAGCAGUUAAUAUUAUGGCACAGUACAGAAAAUAAUAGCCAGUAACAUUUCAGUGCCGUGGUACAAGUGCAGGUGGUGCAUUCCGAAAAGUGAUAAGGGAUCAUACACGGCAGGAUGGAGCGAGCAGGCAGCAUCCAGCUGGACGUCCCUGACUUUAGCAACUCUGUGCUGUCCCAACUGAACCAGCUGCGUAUGCAGGGGCGGCUGUGCGACAUAGUGGUGAACGUGCAGGGCCAGAGCUUCCGUGCUCACAAGGUUGUGUUGGCUGCCAGCUCCCCUUACUUCCGAGACCACAUGUCACUGGGCCAGAUGAGCACUGUGUCCCUGUCAGUCAUCCGCAACCCCUCGGUGUUUGAUCAGCUCCUCUCAUACUGCUACACCGGGAGGCUGUGCCUGCAGCUGGCAGACAUCAUCAGCUACCUGACGGCCGCCAGCUUCCUGCAGAUGCAGCACAUCAUUGACCGCUGCACGCAGAUCCUUGAGGGCAUCCAUCUAAAGAUCAGCCUGGCGGAGGAGGAGCUGGGGGCCGGAGGGGGGCACAGGGGGGCUGGGAGCUUGGAGGGAGGAGGAAGAGGUGGGGUAGGAACAUCAGGUGGCUCCCUAAGCCCGCGCCACAGCAGUCCCAGGGUUCUGGGACCUCAAGGAAGCAGAACCCGAGGUGCCAUGGAUAUCCGAGAGGUGGGAAGCCCAGCGGGGGAGUCCAUGAGCCCCCAGAUGGUGGAGCACAGUGGGCUGGGCCCGGAGGGUCUGCCUGGGGGGGUGGAAGUGGGCAGCAGGCUGGGGAAGGAGCCCAUACUGCGCAUCAAUCGGGCCGGCCAGUGGUACGUGGAGGCAGAGUCGGAGAGGGGGAGCGGCGGUGAAGAGGGGGAGUCAAUGCGGGUGGUGGAUGGUUUGAGGAUAAAGACGGAGAGGAUGGAAGAGUGGACUGGGGCUGAUACCCAGGAAGAAGGGAGCGGGGCGGAAGAGGGAGCAGCCAUGAUGAUUGACACGUCCGUGUGCAGCUCGCUGGUGCAGGAGGGUAUUGUCACGGGGGCCAAGAGCUCUCAGCCCUCCAGCAGCUUCAGUGAGACUGAGAGGUUUAGUCCUACUGGCAGUGUGGUGGUGAUGGCAGAGAGACCGAGAGCCAAGAGUGAGUCACCCAGCAGAGUAGACGACCAGUGCCAUCCCAACUCGCAGGGGGAGGAGCAGGCUGUGUUGGGCGGCUACGAGGAGUACCUGCGUGAACAGGUGGCUGACCGCUGGUGCCACUACAACCCUCGACUCACCUGCAUCUACUGCUGCAAGUCCUUCAACCAGAAGGGCAGCCUGGACCGCCACAUGAGGCUGCACAUGGGCAUCACACCUUUCGUGUGCCGCAUCUGCGGCAAGAAAUACACCCGCAAGGACCAGCUCGAGUACCACAUCCGCAAGCACACAGGAAACAAGCCCUUCCAUUGCCACGUCUGCGGGAAGAGCUUCCCCUUCCAGGCCAUCCUCAACCAGCACUUCCGCAAGAACCACCCGGGCUGCGGCCCUCAAGAGGUGGCCCACAGCGCCUCCCCAGAGACCACCACUGUCUCCUCCAGGGGGGGGCAGAACGAGGAGGCGUCGCCCAGCCAGGAGGAGCCAGAUGGGGGUGGAGGUGGGGCCUCUUUCAGAGAGGGUGUCCAGGCCUCUGUCUCCACCACUGGGCCUGAUUGACCCAGUGGACCAGGGAGGGAGAUGGUUGGGGUAUAGGAGGACAGGGUAUAGGUUAGGUUAAUGGUUUGUACUCUCCUGCCAGUGGAGGAAAGACAAUGUAUGUUGAAGUUGCUUCAAAGGAAAUGAUGAUAAGGGGGAGGUCAGAAGGUCAAGUCCAUCCAGGGUGGGAUUUUUAUAAGCAUUUGUUUUUUUUAAAUUCCUUCGACUAAACUGCAGGGACAGGAGAACGAAGCAACAGAGUAGUUUGAUAUGGCACUUCGUAAUAUGUCGUUAUUUAUAAAUGAUAUUUCCGCUUUAAACCAUAUCUACCUUCACAAUACAAACAUGAACAGAUUAAGCCAACACAUGAAGAAAUGCCACACACUCCCAAUAACCUCACAACACUGAAUGCAGUGGUUUUUAUUUGACUAUUUUCUUAUGUUAGUUUUAUUCUUUUGUAUAAUAACUACAUACAAUUUCAAUUCUUGCCUUUUGUCUUGAGACAAUCUUGAACAGAUGGGGGUCAGUGAUAAUCAGACUCCUCUUCAUACAUUAAAUGGGCAAUUCCACGGUUACUCAUGGUUUUCACAUAAAAAUGUAUGUCAAACAAAAAGCAAUGUUUGCAAAGUUGAACAAACCAUACACAUUUUUUACACAAGGACUACUUUGAACAAUUUCCAAUUUUACAAAAACACAUUUACUUGAGGUAACAAAAACAUUUACUUUGACAGUGCAGAGGCAAAGUUUGGUAACAGAAUGACAACACCAACAGCACAAACUGUCAUUCUGUUACCAGACUUUGCAUCUGCUCAAGUAAAUGUAUUUUUGUCAAAUGUUCUGUGUAAUUUAUUAAGUAGUCCUUGUACAUAGUUGUAUGGUUUGUUUACAGAGAGAGUCUCAGCAUCACUGUUAUGGUGGAAUUGCCCAUGUGCCAGAAUGGCUUAAAAAUGCAAUUCCACAUGAAUAGUAGAUAUGGCCCAGUGAAGAAAACCAGUUAAUUUGGAAGAGUAAUGAGUACAAUUCUGAAAAUAACACUGAUGUCAGUCUUAUGACGAUUUUAUGUCAUGUGUCUUAACACGGCUAAAAUGCAUUCAGAAGUAUACCAUUAUUUAAUCAGUGCAACACUUUUACAAUGUAUUAAGAUAUUGGCAAAGGUAAGAGGCCUUUUAAAGAGGACUUGUUAAUCCAUAUGUAUUUGAACCAUACCACCACAUUCUUUAACCAGCUGCUGAAUGCAUACUUCUAUACAGGAACACAGGAAACUCCGUUUUUUAAACAUUUUUUUACCUCAGAUAAGCUACAAAAAACUCUGUUACCUCUCACACAUCACUACGCAAUACAGCUCUGCUCCAAGCAGAUUGGUCGAUGCACUCAGUUGAAUUUACAGUAUGUUCUCAUUUUUCUAUGUUUUCGUUAACUACCUUUUUCUUUUUUUUAUAAGUGACUGUUUUUUUUGCAUAAGCGCAUCUGAACAUUUUUAUCUAGUUCUGACAAUGUAUCUGGAGGAUGUAGAGACAAGAUUGUAAUGGAGGACACUCAUCGCUAUUGGGGGUGUCCGAAGGAGGAGAGAUGAGACUCUGCAGCUGAACUGUAGUACCACCCAAGAGAAAGACUCUGCAGCUGUUCUGUAGAACCACCCAAGAGAAAGACUCUGCAGCUGUUCUGUAGAACCACCCAAGAGAAAGACUCUGCAGCUGUUCUGUAGAACCACCCAAGAGAAAGACUGCAGCUGUUCUGUAGAACCACCCAAGAGAAAGACUCUGCAGCUGUUCUGUAGAACCACCCAAGAGAAAGACUCUGCAGCUGUUCUGUAGAACCACCCAAGAGAAAGACUCUGCAGCUAUUCUGUAGUACCACCCAAGAGAAAGACUCUGCAGCUGAACUGUAGUACCACCCAAGAUAAAGACUCUCCAGCUGAACCACCCAAGAGAAAGACUCUGCAGCUGAACUGUAGUACCACCCAAGAGAAAGACUCUGCAGUUGAACUGUAGUACCACCCAAGAGAAAGACUCUGCAGCUGUUCUGUAGUACCACCCAAGAGAAAGCCUCUGCAGCUGAACUGUAGUACCACCCAAGAGAAAGACUGCAGCUGUUCUGUGGUACCACCCAAGAGAGACUCUGCAGCUGAACUGUAGUACCACCCAAGAGAAAGAAUGCAGCUGAACUGUAGUACCACCCAAGAGAAAGACUGCAGCUGAACUGUAGUACCACCCAAGAGAAAGAAUGCAGCUCUUCUGUAGUACCACCCAAGAGAAAGACUGCAGCUGUUCUGUAGUACCACCCAAGAGAAGGACUGCAGCUGUUCUGUAGUACCACCCAAGAUAAAGAAUGCAGCUGAACUGUAGUAACACCUAAGAGAAAGACUCUGCAGCUGAACCACCCAAGAGAAAGACUCUGCAGCUGAACCACCCAAGAGAAAGACUCUGCAGCUGAACCACCCAAGAGAAAGACUCUGCAGCUGAACUGUAGUACCACCCAAGAUAAAGACUCUGCAGCUGAACUGUAGUACCACCCAAGAGAAAGACUCUGCAGCUGUUCCGUAGUACCACCCAAGAGAAAGACUCUGCAGCUGUUCUGUAGUACCACCCAAGAGAAAGUCUCGGCAGCUGUUCUGUAGUACCACCCAAGAGAAAGUCUCGGCAGCUGUUCUGUAGUACCACCCAAGAGAAAGCCUCUGCAGCUGAACUGUAGUACCACCCAAGAGAAAGACUGCAGCUGUUCUGUGGUACCACCCAAGAGAGACUCUGCAGCUGAACUGUAGUACCACCCAAGAGAAAGAAUGCAGCUGAACUGUAGUACCACCCAAGAGAAAGACUGCAGCUGAACUGUAGUACCACCCAAGAGAAAGAAUGCAGCUCUUCUGUAGUACCACCCAAGAGAAAGACUGCAGCUGUUCUGUAGUACCACCCAAGAGAAGGACUGCAGCUGUUCUGUAGUACCACCCAAGAUAAAGAAUGCAGCUGAACUGUAGUAACACCUAAGAGAAAGACUCUGCAGCUGAACCACCCAAGAGAAAGACUCUGCAGCUGAACCACCCAAGAGAAAGACUCUGCAGCUGAACCACCCAAGAGAAAGACUCUGCAGCUGAACUGUAGUACCACCCAAGAUAAAGACUCUGCAGCUGAACUGUAGUACCACCCAAGAGAAAGACUCUGCAGCUGUUCCGUAGUACCACCCAAGAGAAAGACUCUGCAGCUGUUCUGUAGUACCACCCAAGAGAAAGUCUCGGCAGCUGAACUGUAGUACCACCCAAGAGAAAGUCUCGGCAGCUGAACUGUAGUACCACCCAAGAGAAAGAAUGCAGCUGAACUGUAGUACCACCCAAGAGAAAGAAUGCAGCUGAACUGUAGUACCACCCAAGAGAAAGACUCUGCAGCUGAACUGUAGUACCACCCAAGAGAAAGAAUGCAGCUGAACUGUAGUACCACCCAAGAGAAAGACUGCAGCCCACUGAUGCUACAGAUGUCCCAUCACCAAAGGAUAGACAUGCUUGCUACAGUGGAGUGUGUUCCACUGGAAAUCAAUCAUUAAGAAGAGGAGGCAUCCAAAGGAAUUGAGAGGACAAGCCAAGGGUCGUAUUUCCCUCCCUCGCAGGGAGGCCAAAAUAAUUACGUCAAGCACUUCAAUUAAGGAGGGGUUUGAAAUAGUUACAUUUUUAAAGAAAUAUGUAAAAGAUAUAUCGCAAAUUGAAUUUAACUUAAAACAUUGUUUUUAUACAGAUAAAGGGUAGCCCAGUGGAUUAGCUGUUUAUUUUAAUUGUAUUUUUUUAGAUCUGAAUAAUUUGUGGGUGUGACGGGAGUUUUUAAUGUAUGCAAGUGAAAAACUUUUACUGAUUUGUCCACUGGGUUUUUCUUAUCUGAAAUGAGAAUGCAUUACACAUCACCACAGUACACCUCGGGUUAAUAUUCGUCAGACAAAAACAGAUCAACAUUCUUUAUAAAUAUCAGGUAUUUUUGUUUACUGUUUUUAAGUUUACUCUGUUUGUACGUAACAUUUAAGGGGUUUUCGAUAAACCAUUGAGCUUGGGCUACCUGCAGAGAAAUCUUACAGCAAGCCUUAUUUAGCAAGUGCAGCUUAACGAAGAUUAAAUGUAUACUGAACAAAAAUAUAAAUGCAAUAUGCAACAAUUUCAAAGAUUUUACUGAGUUACAGUUCUUAUAAGGAAAUCAGUCAAUUUAAAUUAAUUCAGUUGGCCCUAAUCUAAGGAUUUCACAUGAAUGGGCAAGGGUGCAGUUGUGGGAGGGCAUAAACCCACUCACUGGGGAGCCAGGCCCAGCCAAUCAGAAAUAGUUUGUCCCCACAAAAGGGCUUUAUUACAGACAGAAACACUCCUCAGCACCCCCCUCAAAUGAUCCCGCAGAUGAAGAAGCCGGAUGUGGAGGUCCUGGCUGGUGUGGUUACACAUGGUCUGCGGUUGUGAGGCCGGUUGGACGUACUGCCAAAUUCUCUAAAAUUACGUUGGAGGUGGCUUAUGGUAGCGAAAUUAACAUUCAAUUCUCUGGCAACAGCUCUGGUGAACAUUCCUGCGGUCAGCAUGCCAAUUUUACACUCCCUCAAAACUUGAGACGUCUGUGGCAUUUUGUUGUGUGACAAAACUGCUCAUUUUAGAGUGGCCUUUUAUUGUCCCCCAGCAGAAGGUGCACCUGUGUAAUGAUCAUGCUGUUUAAUCAGCUUCUUGAUAUGCCACACCUCUCAGGUGGAUGGAUUAUCUUGGCAAAGGAGAAAUGCUCACUAAUGGGGAUGUAAACAAAUUUGUGCAAACAUUUUUAGAGAAAUAAGCUUUUUGUGCCUAUGGAACAUUUCUGGGUUCUUUUAUUUCAGUUCAUGAAACAUCAGACCAACACUUUACAUGUUGCGUUUAUAUUUUUGUUCAGUGUAUGCAUGAUGUUUUAUUUUUUAAGUGAAGACGCCAUUAUGGACGUAGCAAUGCAGCUAUUCUCCUAUAUUGAAACUAGGGAUGCACGAAUUUGGAAAUUCUUGGUCAAUAACCAAUAUUUUCUUGUCCAUGAUGGCUGAUACUGAUAUGAAAUUACAAAUAUUGUGUGAACAACUAGCUAUUGAUCGAAAAACUUUUAAAAAACAACCUUUUUUUAAAAAUCAAUGAGCAAAUGUAAAGAUCAAACAUUUUCACCGAGAAACACUUUUCAGUGCACCGUGUCAUUUUAUUGUAGCUCAGAUUUAAAGCACUAAUCAGUAGUUGAAUCAAUAACAAAGUAUGUUCCCCAACCCUGUUUCGGUGAGAAAUGAAACCACUCAAAUUCAUAGACAAAGCUAAUCGAUGCAAGAACUGACCAUCCAUGCUUAAAAAAGUAUAGUUUAAACCAUAUUUUGAGGCUAUAUAGUGUUUGUUUACAUUUACAAACAUUGAGUAAAAUAAUCACAUUUUGGGUUCUGAUGGGGUUCGACAUUAUGUUAUAUUAUUCAAGAAUCAAUGAGUACAUAAUUCAUUUGAGUACAACAAUGUAUGUAGCAACUGCAGAUUGCCCUUUUAACACCAUCCACUCUUAGUCCAGUAGUUUCAGCCAUCAUCGGUCGAUACCGAUAUGAAAGGCAGAUAUACAGUAUCACGCAUCCCUGAUUGAAACAUAGGUAUAGUAAUACUCAUGGUUGUAGCUUGAACAUUCUUUACAAUGUGAUUGCUUCAGCUAACACAAUUUGAAGAUGGUCUUGAAUUGUUCAAUGGUGGAAGAUUUAUGUGAACAUUUUAGUCACACUCACAGUUAAUGCUUCUAAGCCAGUGGUCACCAACCUUGGGUUCUGGAGAGCUCCAAUCAUGCUGACUUUAGAAUUAAGGCAUUACAUUAAAGAAUUAUAGCAUUCAAAUGUAGAACUAAAGUGGAAUGAUUUUAAUUGACAGUAGAUUUUCAGAUCCAGUUGAUUUCAUUCAUCUUAGAGGUAUAGUACAUUACCAACCUUGAUGCUGGAAAACCUGUAAUCCAGAUAGAGAAGUGUUCCAUCAUUAUUCAAAUGUGUAAAAACGAUUUGAUUUUUAAACAAUUACUAUGAAACAGAACAAUUAUUAUGAAACAGAAUACAACUAAUUUUGUUUAAAAAAUAAUAAUUCCCACCAGGUACCAGGUUUGCUUGAUUUGAAUUUUGUUUUGAAUAGCUUUUUUGGGGGUUUGAUCAAGAUUUAUUGUUUCAUGCCUUUUUCUUUGUUUAGAACUAAAAGGGCUUUUACAUUUUUUAAAAUAAGCUUUAAUUGCUUUAAGUGUAUGAUUAUUGAACCCUUAUAUGUGUGUUGUUACUGCUGAAUGUAGAUCAAUGACAGGAACAAGCUCUCGUGAACUAGCCUCUAGUUUGAGCAAACAACAGAAUUAUGGCGGUUUUCAUCAUCUCCACUUACCUCUAUGUCCUGUGAAGAUUCUUACUAAGCUAGUGAGAGGAUGACAAUAAUACAGAUAUAGUUUAUUAAAGUACUGUCCUGGAACGUCCUGUUUUGACCCAUCUGUCCCAACUGUGAAAAACAACAUAUGUAGCUAAAAAAUGUUAAAGGAAUCCAAACAUUUCAGUUACUUUAAUGUAUGGUCAAGCUGAGCCCAUAUUUAGCAGUGAUGCAUGUCUUUGUCAUAGGUUUUUAAUGCCAAACUUGCCAAAUAAUGAUUUAUUAGGUGAUAUUUAAUAUAUUCUACAUUUUGUGCUAUUAUGUCCUUGUUUUGCUGCUUCAUUGAGCUCUCGUGUCUUAUCAGAUAUAUUCUUUAACAGUUGUCUCAAUGUUUAUACACAAAGAUGCAUACGUAUAUCCAAUAUGGUUUUGACCACAAAAUGCUUACUCCAACAAAUCAUUAAGCUAUGUAAUUAAUGACUUAAAGUAAAAUAUUAUUUGACAUUAAAAAUAUAUUCAUUAAAAAAAAUGAUAUCUCAAAGGAAAUGGAAUAUAUUACAUGACAAUAUAUUUUUUUAAAUCCUGUCAAGUGAGGUACAAAACCAGCUGUGUUCUUGCAGGUUAUAUGUGAAGUUUCUUUUUAUUUUGCAUGGUCCUGUUCCUGAAAAAGAAAUAUAUUGAUUACACUGUAAAGGCCAAAGGUUGAUUUGUUAUUGUUUUUGAUCAUGUGGAAAUGGGUUACUUCACAAUAACCACUAUCAUUUUCUUCACUAGUACAUAUUAAAGUACAUUCUUCUUAAAAUAAAUAAAAAUAUAUCACAAAAGUG